CUUUGUGAUCGGGCAAAAACCUCAUCGAGAAUUUUCCUCCCGAGCACCACCACCAUCCACCAACCAAACCACCAAGGAACCUGACAACUACACCCAUCGAUCAAUCGCUCGCAGAAAGCAAAUCAGCUACAGAUGUUCGGACGAUGAAAAUGGUCUUCCUCCCCCAGCUUCUCGUCUGGACGACGAUCCUAUCCUCCGCGGCCGCCCAAUCCACCACAUACGCCUCCGCGAUCACCCCCACAUCAGGCGGAGCAGCAACACACACCAUCAAGGUCGGCUCGAAGGAGUACCCGCAUGGAUACAGCCCUCGCAAUAUCACCGCUGCGGUUGGCGAUGUCGUCGUUUUCGAGUUCUAUCCGACGAAUCACUCCGUCGUGAAGGCCGAUUAUAUGGCGCCGUGUGUGCCUGCCGACGGGGCGUUUUUCUAUUCGGGCAUCUUUGAUAGUUAUAAUGAGAAGAAUGGACAGUUGGUUGGGCCGCCACCCACCUGGUCACUGGUCAUCAAUGAUACAGAGCCCACCUUCUUCUACUGCACCGCCACAGACUCCUGCAUCGAUAAUGGCAUGGUCGGCGCUAUAAACCCGAACGAAACCAUGACCUGGCAAGCCCAAUUCAACAAAGCAAAAAUCUACCCCUACAUGCUAGUCCCAGGCCAAUCCCCUCCCGCCGAAGGGUCCGUCCCCGGCGCGCCCACCACCAGCACCUCGUCCACGUCAACAUCCACGUCCACCGGCUCCUCCACAUCAACUUCAUCCCCAUCCGCCUCCAAUAGCAAACCAACCCUAAGCACAGGCGCCAUAAUCGGGAUCGCCCUCGGCUCUGUCGCCUUCCUGGCCCUUCUCGGUGCACUGUUCUUCCUCCUGGGCAGAAACAGGGUGUAUAGCCAGUGGGAGGGAGAGGACGGCGAGGUGGGCGGCGCUUUUGGGAGUGGUGGUGGGGGUGCAGCUGGAGGGGGAGGGCAGAGGAAGAGUGUCUUGGAUGGAAGUGGGAGUGGGAGUGGGAGUGGGAGUACAGGGCCGCAGAGGCAGAUGCAGAUGCAGAUGCAGGGACAGGGACAGGGGAUUGGCACCGGGGCUAUUGGGACAUCCACGCCGGGAUCCGGUACUGGAACUACAACUGCAACCGGCACAAGCACCGGCACGACAACUACCCUAGUAAGCCAAGGCCAAAGUGUACGGGAAUACGGCUCAUCAGUCGGCCUAGGUGUCGGGUUUGGGGGACAGACACCUGGCCAAAACCAGAACCAGAACCAGAGCCAGGACCAGGGCAGAGGGCUAGGAUUAUGGAGAUGGGAUGGCACGGGGUACCAGUUCCAGGGCCCGCAGGGACAGGCACCCGGACAGAUAUACCAGGGCCCGGGCCUCGCGCAAGGACACAUGAUGUAUGAGGCGAUGGCGAGGGGGCCGUCGGAGCUGGAGGGGACGAGUCGGAUGUGACGUGAUGUGACUGUCUGUCUGUCUAUUGUCUAUCCUAUCUAUAUUUCUGAUUCUGAUUCUGCUAUUGCUUUCAGUUCCGCUUCCGCUUUCACUUUCACUUUCACUUGUAUUGUUGCUGCUGUGUUAUCCGAUUCAGGGGUGUGUAAUGGACGGGAAACUAGAUGGAGUGGACUGACUGAC